AUGAUAAAGAUAAACCUUUAUAAUAUAUACGGAGCAACGAAUUACUGUUCCAAUUUCUUAUCUCUUAAAAGAUUUAAGAGUCAUCUAAAUUCUGUAUCAAUUCUACAACAAUUUUAUAACAGAUUACCCAUACGAAAAAAGUACAUAAAGGCUAUAAAAAAAGGAACCCUGAUAUGGGACAAGGGACAGGUAAAAAUCCCCCCCCUAAAAAUUGAAGGGUACGAUCCACCAAAAAAAUGCUUAUCUCCGCUAGUCAAAAAUAGAAACAACCAAUAUCGAGGAAAAUUUCAAAACUUGAAAUCACACCGAGUAGAAUUUCAAGACUAG